AUGCACUGGCCAUAUAACAGCUCCUUCGAGGACAAAAUGCCGUCUUCCGAGCGCUCCACCUCCACCGACAGGGAGAGGCUCCUCAUAGACGAGGAGGCUACUCAGUGGUCGCAAAAUAACUUUUCCUCCAAACCGUUUCUCGGAGGGUGGUUACAAGUUCUGUUCGUGGUUGCUGUUGCGGUUCUGUCGUGUUUGGUGGGAGUCUUCCUCGGACACAAUCAGAGGGACUUGGAUGAGUCGUGCACGCGGCGGACCACACAGUACUCACCUGUCAUCGGCCAAGUUGGCCUCAAGUACCACCAACAACCCUUCAACGGCUCCCUGCUGAAGCAAAAUAUCUUCCGGCAAGAUGCGAGCCCGGAAGUGGACGCAGCCUGGGAAUCUCUCGGUGCCAACUUCCGAGCGAUCCGGGUCCCCGUCGAAGAUGCCCAGAAAUCCGGCUUGGCGAAGGACCAAGUCAAGAUCCGGGAGAAAUAUGGCGGGGGAUAUCCCGCCAACGUGGAGGGCUUUCAUCAUUUGCACUGCCUGAACCUCCUCCGCCAAUCCCUCUACUACAACUACGACUACUACCACAACCUCGGCACCGGUGCCUUCACCAACGACGAUUUCAUUGUUCGACACCACGUCUCGCACUGCCUCGACGUCCUCCGCCAGGAGCUCAUGUGCAGUCUCGACGUCGGCGUCCUCGGCCAAGUCUGGGUGCAUCCGGAGCACCCGGAGCCCUUUGUGGACUUCAACACGAAGCACCAGUGCCGGAAUUUUGAGGAGAUUCGGGAAUGGGCGGAGAAGAACCAGCUGCCAGAGACGGUGCCCUCGGAUUUCCUGGAGCCGCCCUUGUUGACGGAUCGGGUGUAUGAGGAGAUUCCGUGAGGCGAUGUAACUUAGAAGAUUGUAUAUAUAGAGCUGGGCAAUGAUUACUUGCAUAUAUGACUCUUUCCUCGCUGUUUUCU